CGCGCCACGAUAGCGCGAGCACUAAUCACUAAGAGCCACUACUCCGCUACAUUCGUUCCUGACAAGACGCAGUCAACGGUUUAGCGGACAGUUGAUUGCGUUGCGUUUAUACGCCAUUAUGGACUCGUUGGCGAAUUACGCCAGCGACAACAGUAACAAUUCGGACGACGUGAAGAUGCCAACUCAGGGACAGGAAGAGACAAAUAGGAGGGCUAGUGAUGCCAAUUACGACCCGGUGCAAAUGGACAUGAGUGAGGAAAGCAACAACAAUAAUUCAUCCAGGGAAUCUAGUAGCGAACGCGCAAAUAGUCCUUCAACAGCGCAGCCUACCUUUGGCUCGAGAACGGAAUUGUCUCGUGCCUUGCCUUCUCCUUCAGACCAGAGGCGAGCCGCCGAUCACGAGAAUCACACGAGUUCGAAAGACGACCAUAGGCGAGGGGACCGCAGCGAUCGGAGUCGUCACACGUCCGAUAAGAGCCGACGAAGUUACGACGAUCGAAGACAACGUGAUAGUAAUAGUAGUCAUAGAGACCGAAGUAGAGAUCGUAAAAGUCGAGAUGACGAUAAGCGUAAACUCGGAUCAUCCAAAGACGAGAAGAACGACGACCGAGACAGGAGCGACAAGGAUCAUCAUUAUAGGGGGGACGACAGAAGGGAUCGUAAUCGCGACAGGAAUGAUAGGGACAGACGUAGGGAUCGCGAUCGAGAGCGGGAUCGGCGACAUUCCAGGGACGAUCGAUCAAAGGACCGGCAUCGGGACGAGCGCUCAACUUACCACAAGGAAAAGGAUCGCACGCGAUCGAGGUCACGAUCGAGAGAUCGCGCUCCACCUCCGUCGUUCAGGAUGAUGAGUUACCGAGAGGAGAAGGGACGGAACAAAUUGGCCCAGUUGGAGAAGCUGGGUAUAGAGCUGAAACCGCCGGAAGGUGGUAGUGAUUCGGUGGCAUCCAGUAUGCAAAGCGAGCAGAAUUACUAUAAUCCGUUGGCGACGGCGACCCAGGGCAAGUACGCGGAGCAGAUCCAGAAGAGGAAGCUACUGUGGGCCAACAAGUCAAAGCAAGACGAUGGUAAGAGUACGUCGACUGCAGCUUCCACAGCCAAUACCUGGAUGGGAACGACCUUCACACAUGAUCAGGAUGGCAAAGUGUCUGCCAAAUUCAAGCGACUCAUGGGUAUUAAGGGUGAUCUACCUAGCUCGCCUAUGGUAGGAGCCAAACCAGAUAUUCUGAAGAAGCAAGAGGAAAUGUUCAACAAUAUGGAACAACAAUACGAAGUGGCGCGAGCCACUACACACACGCAACGUGGCGUAGGGCUAGGUUACGCUACUGGCGGUUAUCAGUUCCCACGAUAAAGUGCAUUGAAACUUCACAUCCUCAUUGUUUAAUUACAUUUAAUACCGAUAGAGAGAUAUACGAAAUAUAGUUACGUUCGACAGAUAUUUUUA